UUCCCCUCGCGCCCCCUCCUCCCCAAACAAAGGAGACAGACACUCUCUGACAGUUUAGUUUCAGUACUGACUCUUGCUCCGCGAGCUCCUAUUCCGCGAGUGCAUGGCCGUUUGUUUAAAUAGCUCCGAUUGUCUUUAAAUAUUUAUCGCGUCUUGGAAGCAACUUGGCAAAUUCGAAUUUCUGCCAUAAAAAUUGAUGAGUGAAUAUCAGUGCGUUGCUGUGAUGGUUAAAAUGAAAUAGUGCGCAAAUCAGUUUUGGUUGUUUCACAAUAUCAAGAAAAAGAAAAAGAGGAAAAAAAGGUCGCAAGGGAGAAAGGAAGAAAUAAUCGUGUUGUGCUGCAGCAGUUGCAAGUCGGAUCAGAAUAAUAGAUCGUUUAUCAGUCCCGUUGACGGUGUGUGUGUGUGUGUGUGUGUGUGCGCGCGCGCUUCGUAAUAACAGAUGAUCAUAUUGAUGCCCUGGUGCAGCAGUUCAAUUGUACCUAUUAGGUGUAGGAAGAAGUUUCAGCAGCCGCAGCAGCAGCGAAUAACGAGCCAAGCUCGUUGCAGCAAUUACAAUCAGCUAACAGCCAACCCUGUCUGAUUGCAGAAUGCAUUAAGUUAAAGCUCGCACGGACCACGAGCGCAGAAAGUCAUGCCAUCCCUGCUGGAAGCCCUCGAGCGUAAAUACGGCGACGGCCCAGCCGACUGCUGCUGUCUGACGGACGACGAGCAGGAGUCGCCGCCGCCACCGCCGUCGCCGCCGUCGGCAGCGGCCCAGCAGCUGUCGGGCUCGCCGAGGUCGCACGCCCUCUCGGUCAGCAUAUUCAUCCCGAAGAAGUCGCCGCGUCACACGGUGCCGGCCCUGCUGGUGCUUCAGGACUGCGACAUCGAGUGCGCCGGCGCCGACGACGAGAAGCUCAGGAACAAAUGCAGAAACGUCGAGGAGCUCGACCUCGCCCAGAACAAGCUCUCCAAGUGGGACGAGGUCUUCGGCAUACUCAGGCACAUGCCCAAAAUCAAAUUCGUCAAUUUGAGCUUCAAUAGCCUGCCCGAGGCAUUGGAGGUAAAGGAUGGCAAGUACGAUGCUCUUCGCAAUCUCGUUCUCAAUGGCACGCGAGUCUCCUGGUCGACGGUUCAAGGCCUCGUUCGCUUGCUGCGCAACCUCGAGGAAUUACAUCUGUCGCUGAACGAUUACAAAACGGUGGAUCUUGGAUACGAGAAGCCGGAAAAUUGCAAUCCGGCCCUGAAAAAGUUGCACUUCACCGGCAAUCCCGUCGAGUAUUGGCGAGAGAUCGCCAAGUUGGGAUACGCCUUUCCCGGCCUCGAGAGUCUCGUGCUGGCCGAGUGUCCCAUAAGAUCGCUCAACAUCGAGGAAAGCGAAAGCGCCAAGGAAAAUGCGGAAAACGAGGAUACGGAAAAUCGGAAUCACAUCGUCGAGAGAAACGGCGGGAUGCAAGUGGAAAACGGAUGUUCCGGCAACCGAAAUUUUUCCAACGACGAGGACGAUAUGACGGAAUGCGAAUCGGACGGUUCGAAGCUCAAAUCGUCGCACGACCCAUUCAGAAAUCUACGAUUCCUCAAUGUCAACGGUACUCUGCUGGCUAAUUGGGACGACAUCGAGCGCAUCGCGAGGUUUCCAGCACUAAAGUCACUGAGGAUACAGGGCUGCCCUUUGUUCGAAAGUCCACGCGAAUACACGGAGCACGAGAGGCGACAAUUGCUCAUUGCUCGUUUACCGAACGUCGAGACCUUGAACGGCGGCGGCGUUAUUUCAUCCCAAGAGCGCGAGGACGCGGAGCGCGCCUUCAUUAGACACUAUAUGGACAAACCGGAAGCUGAACGACCAAACAGAUACGCCGAGUUGGUGGCUAUUCACGGAAAGCUCGACCCAUUGGUAAAUGUUGAUCUUACGCCAGAAAAGAGGGUCAAAGUCAAAUUCACUUAUGGCGACCUAGAUGAGGUGAGGUCGGUCGAUGUGUACAGAACGGUGUUUGAGCUGAAAACUAAAUUGGAAACUAUGGUGAAAAUCCCCGCCAAUCGAAUGAGGCUAUUCUACAUCGAUCAGGAGCUGAGAUCUCAGUACGGGCCGGAAGAGAUGCUGUACCCGAACAAACAGCUCUACCGAUACAACAUACGCAACGGCGACGAGAUCAUUAUCGACAGCAAGCUCAAUCGGUGCUCGUCGUCGCAGUCGUCCUCGCCGACCCAACGCCAGCAGUCUUCCUUGCGCUCCUGAGAUCCCCAUUGUGUCAAUAACGAGUCGACUUUUUGAACGAUAUCCACCAGGCGGAUCGAACAUUUUGUUCGAUUUUCAACUUUGGAAUCAAACUGGCGUCCGUCGUUGAACGGACGUCCAAAGUGAUUUUGAUACUUGCUUAUCAGCGUUCUGCACUUUAUUAAUGCAAAAGAAAGUAUGUACAAAGGGAGGCGAUAAUUUAUGAUCGCCGGUUUUUCGACGCGCUUUGGAUGCUCUGGUGUAAAAUGCCGUCCGACGUUAGGCACUCGCGUGAAAGAUUCGAAUUUUUAACUCUGCAAGAACGAUCUGUUUUGCCGACCGAUUUUUUAUUACAAUCAUUGUGGACAUUUACAGUCACGAGUUCCAUUAUUAAUUUUUUCUUGCCUGAGUUAUGAGAGCUUUGUUUCUUCGUGAUACCUGUGUGUAUUCAUAAAAAGUCUUUUUAUGUAUUUAAAAAUACAGACUUUAGAAAAAUUGUCGCUUCUAAUAGGAUAUUUUUAACGAAUCUUCCGUUUUACACCAUUUGCAAAUAAUAAUGUACCGAUAAAAAAAUUGUAAAAUUCAUAUUUAUUAAAAAUAGAGUUUAUGGACUGCGUAAUUCUGAAGUAUAUCAUUUCCGUGAAAAGAGUGAGGGAGUUCUCGAUGAAACAAUAGUCGGUAAAACAAUUUUUUGGUUUUAAAUUUUAUUGAUGAUUUUGCUGGUAUCUAUGCAAAAGUACUGACUGAAUUAUUUUUUGUGUACUGCAGCGACAACUAUGCUUCAAAGACAUUUGAGAUAUUUUUAUAUCUUGCAACAAAUAGGUGUCAUUAGUCAAGCAAUAUCAUCAAAUGUGAGGCUGACUAUGUUUCAGAUUUACGAAAGAAAAUGAUGUGGCAACUGAUUUUGUUCGAUUUCUCUUCACUGAAUAUUUGUAUACUACUCUAUAAUGUAUGUAUCGACAUUUUUGUAAUGAAUAACCACCCGAAUGCUUCUAUGACAGCAUUCUAGGGUAAGUCAAUGUUGUGUUUGAUUGAUAUUUAAAUACUAUGGUGUUAUUUCUUUAGUAGAAAAUUUAAUUAAUUCGAGUAUUUAUUCAAGUACUUAAAAUCAUGUUCACACAUGCUCCAUUAAAACUAGCGAAACAAAAUCAGCAACAACGAAUACCUAUUAAAUGCUCUCAUGAAUUUCAAAUAAAAUUGAAUUCGAAUUAUUUGUUCAUGUAUUUUAUAGCCGAUGCAGAACGUGAGACAUGUAUAAAUAGACUCAAAUUUACGAUAGUUUAUUUUCGUGCAGAUCUCGAUAUUGCAUAAGCAAAACGAAUGCUUACGUAUAGCCGAUCGCAUUCGUUUCUGAAAGAGUGAAAAGGAACAUCAAGAUAAAUGAGCUAGUGCAGCCCUGAAAAAGUCAUUAUUUAGUGCCUGUAUUAAAUGCAUUGAGUGAACUUUUGGAAUAUGAUAGUUCCAUUUCUUCGUGAUUUAAUCAAUCGAUAUUUAAUUAUGUAAAAUUGUACACACUUAAAUUCGUAAGGGAUAUAACAUAAAAUGUAUAGUUCACUUUAUCAUAAUUUGAUCAUUCAUCAUAAAUAUUUACUUAAGUGAUAAUAUCGUGCGAAUGUGUGAGAAUGUAAAUAAGCAAAUUUAAAGCGUUGUUUGUUUUUUUCUGUUUAUAGAUUUAAAAAAGUUUAAUAAUUUCAUUCAAAAAAAGCUCUGAUGGUCAAUUCUUAACCAAGCAAACGAAUAGUUUUUAUUGCCGGAAUAGUGUUUAUGAAUAUUUUAAUAACUUUCAGGUUUUGUGAAGUGCAAUAUUUCAAAAAGUACUGCGUAAUUUGUACAUAAAAAUAAUUUUCUUGCUGUAUACUUUAUUACAUGACAAACUCUUACACGUAGUUAGCCAUGAAAAAUAUUUAUAAGUUGUCAAUUCUAUUUCGGCUUUUUAACAUAUUUACCGCAAGUUCAGCCGGUUCAUCUUUAAUUUACGGUUGAGUAAAGUUUUCCGAAUUAAAUUCAAUUUUGUGAUUGUAAGCGACUAAAAAUUGCGUUGAAUAUAAAUAUUAUACAUCUGCAAGAGGAAAAAUGACUGAGUUCAAAAAGCAAAAAACCAUUAACUUCUGUCAUGAACUGCUUCAUUGUGGAUUUUAAAAAUUUACUGGAUAAUGCAUCAUAUCUUGGUUAAACAAACCCUAAAAGAACACUCAUGUUUUUAUACGAUACGCAGUGAGAUAUAUUUAUACAUACUACGUUAAACAGCAUAUGUUUAACGGAGCUCGACUUUGUUCUAAACUAUAUUCUCUGAUUUUUUUGAAAGAUAUUUCUUUGAGUAUUUAUAUAUUGAGUUCUUCCAUUAUUAUUUUAUCACUAAAUUAAGUGUGAUCCUACUUAGAAAUACGUAAUAUAUAACGAAAAUAUUGAAUAAAUUGCUUAUUAAGUUUUA